CAGCUUGCUAGAGUUCGCCAUUUUGACAUUCGCUCACAGGAGCGUAGUGUUAGUGAAAUUAUCGUAAAAUUCUGUCGCCAUCCGUCCCUUUACCUCUAUUAUUAGGAUAGGAUUAAUUUUUCAGUCAUCCGUCAUUGGAACGAGCCCAGCUUAGCGGUUCGUUCCACAGGUUCCUCAGCAUCUAAAUGAGCGCCUGUGAUCAGCAUGUCAGCAUCGUCCGGGUCACAAGCAAAGGGGGAGAAAUCAAAGAAGUUUCAAUCGCUGAACAUAAAUAAUAUAUUUAAGGGUAAGUCUAUUGAAACAAACCAGAAGACUGUAAUUCAGAAACAUGGCAUGCAAAGCCUGGGUAAAGUGGCGUCCGUACGGCGCAUGCCCCCCCCUGCAAACUUACCUAGCUUGAAAGCAGAGAACAGCGGCAACGACCCUAACGUGAAUUUGGUACCAGCCGGUGGACAAGGAUGGGGAAGCAAGGCGGAGGAGACAACCCCCGAUGGGGCCUCAACCCCACAGGAGGGAACACCAACUCCAACACCACCUCUCGAAAUCACUCCCAAGGCACCCGGGGCAGGGGCACCUAUGAGUGUGGAUGUGGGCAACCAAGUAUCAACCAACAACAAUAUAGGGAACAUCACAAACUCGACUCUAAGUUGUCAACCCCCAGUAGUUGGUGGCAGUCAGCUUUUGGAAAGUGGCAUUGGUGGAGGCAUAAAUACGCCAAACAACGUAGCCAACAGCAACAGUGGGAAUGUCAACAAAAGCAAAAACCAGAACAACCUCAGUACCAGCAUUAUAUCCAUGACUUCCACGACCACAACAACAACCACAAAUACAAGCAACAAUGCCACAAUGAAGACCACAGCCACUCCCAACAUCCCAGGCAACAAUAUUGGCAGCAACAUGAACAAUAUCAACAACAACACACCCACCAACAAUACUACAAACAACGCUGCAAACAACAUCAACAGCCAAAACAAACCAUGGAGCAGUGCAGCAAGCGCUGGGGCAGCAGCUGGUGGUUCCCCUGGGGCACCACUCCCACUGGAUGGUGGUCCCCUACCAUCCUCCUCAGUCCAACAGUCGCCGUUUUUUCAGCGGGAGUUCCCCAAACUUGGUGGUGGCAAUUCACUAGCAGAGUCAUCGCCUCAGUAUGGGCCGGGCCCCAGCUUACGGCCACAGACAGAGGGAAGUUGGAUUCAGGGUGGUGGACGUGGUGUAGCUCAAGCACCGCAGGAUGAGCGCCUGCCCAGUCCACAAAACCCAGGUACAUUUAAUGCAGGCGAUAUUCAUCCCCCGAAUCGUAAUCAGGGGAUGGGAUCAAGAGGGACCCCUCCUGGUGGUCCUGCAGGAGUUCCAGGGGGCCCUGUUGGUCCGAUUGGGCCAGCACCACCUCAUGGUCCUACACCACAAUAUAGAGGAGUUGUUCCUCCUUAUCAAGUAAUGCGUAAUAGCUUCCCUGGAGCCUUUCCCCCCAACUACCCGGGUCACCCUCGCGCUCCCUACGUGCGUGACCAGAGGUAUAGAGGGAAUGGACCCUCCCCUUCAGGCAACAGUGAGGAAGAUAUAGUUGUGCCUCCUCCUAUUAUAAAGAAGGAGGCCCUGGAAGGGUUUGAGGAUGAUCCAUGUGUUACAGAAGGCUGGGCUACUAGUGCAGCGGAAGUUGAUUAUAACCAAAAAUUAAACUUCAGUGAAGAUGAAGGAACUGUAGAUGAAGAUACUCCUACCCUACGAAAUACAGAAAGGAAGUCAGAUCGAAGGGAAAGAUGGGAAAAGGACAGAAGCCGGGAAAUAGGCCGAGAGUCAGAGGAACGCCGUGAAGUGUCUAGAGAACCUGAGCGAGAAUCUUCCAUGAGAGAGAAAAAUCCCCAAGGUUCUAGAGAACGUGACAAUAGGCGCGACAUGGCUGAGGACCGUCGAGAUCGUGACCGCAGAUUCUCUCCUGGGGACCCUGAAAGGUGGCAACACCGAGGAGGUUUUGAUUAUCGUGGAGGAUCUGGUCGUGAUUAUGGUGGCCCUCAGAAUUCUGGGAACCGGGGCUGUCCCCCCCAACAUGUGCAGGCACAUAACUCCCCUCAUACUGUACCUGCAAGCACAUCUGUGCAUCCCCCAUCUCGCCCACCCUCUCUCACCCCUGUGCAUCCUCCUGCUCAUCAGUUAGCUCAUGCACCAUCUUUGUCACCAUCAUCACACCCCAGGGAAGAAGAGGAUUCAUGGCGCGAUAAACGGGUCCCUGGAGAUGAGGUACAGGUUGCCUUGGAGAGAGCAAGGCAGCGCCAUGAAGAGGAAGAGAAGCGCUAUGAAGAAAAGAAGAGGUUCGAGCAGAACAAGGUUAUCAAGAAGUCCAGAGAUCCAAGGGUUUUUGACGAAAGGGAGAGAGAAGAGCCUGAUGCUGUCAGGGAGCGUUCACGUGGCAGUAGUGAGUCGAGGGACGAUAAGCCUCCCAGCCGAGAUGGCCGGGACUAUCGGCAACACCCAGACCGCAGAGAAAACUAUAGGGACAGUUACAGGGAUCAUCCACGUGAGCAGUAUGACAGACCUUUUGACAGACGAGAUGGACAGCGGGAUUCACAGCCAGUGUUUUCCUCGCAGUUCAAAAGCAAGCUACCUCCAAGGUUCCAGAAACAGCAGCAGCAACAAGAGAUGAUGCGUGCUGGAGGGGGUGGCCAACCCUUCCGUGGACAAAAUUCACAGGCAGCUCCAUUAUUUGAACCACGCUUUGGUUCUAGUGCAGGAGGACGGUUUAUGAAUCGGGAUAAUGAAAGUAAGGAGAGAAGAAUGAGGACAGACAGUGAUACCUCUGGGGAAAUUACAGAUGAGAGGCCAGCAAGUGGACUUUCAGCAGAACGCCACAGGGAUGAUAGAGAGGAAAGGCUGGAUCGCCCAGACCAGAGAGACUAUAGAUAUGAUCGAUCUGAUAGAAACGAUAGGUCAGAGCGCCUAGACAGGAUUGAGAGGUCUGAAAGACCUGACCGCCCAGAUCGCUCAGAGCGCAUUGAGAGACCUGAUCGCUCAGAGAGAAUUGACCGAUCAGACCGUGGAGAGAGAAUCGAUAGGCCAGAUCGCUCAGAAAGAAUUGACAGGCCAGAUCGUUCAGAACGCAUUGACAGACCCGAGAGAGUGGAACGACCAGAAAGGGUUGAUUCUCGAGGCAGGGAUGAAUUCUACGAAAGACCAGAUAGAGAUGGGAGGUAUCGUGGCCGAGGCUCCCAAGGAAAUUAUAGGGAUCGGGACCGUGACCGUGAUCGCGACCGUGACCGCGACCGUGAUUGCUGGGCACGAACAUCCUACUAUGAAAAGUUUGAGGAACGUCUUGAGCCACGAGACUUGGAUUAUGAUAGACGGCGAAACAUGAAUGGGGAAGAUUGGAACAACCGGGGCAGAGACUUUGAAAGGGAAGGAAGCAAGGGCCGUAAAAUCUUUGAUGAAAGAAAUGACCGCUCUGAAAGGAGCGAGAGCUUUCUUGAGCGCCGUAGUGACAAUAAAAUGGAGUCAUGGGGCCGCUCAUAUGAGAUUGACCCUGUGAUCCCUAAGGAGCCAGAUUAUGAUUCGGGUGAACUCCGCAUGGUGCACAAGGAGUGGGACAAGGAGGUAGAAGCUGCAGAGAAGCAGAUGGAGCUACGGGAUGAAAUGCGAGACAGGCCACAGCGGCCAGACAGCCGAGACAGUCGAGCCAGCAGGGACUCGCGUGCUAGCAAGGAUUCCUUUGAGCGAUGCCCCUCAAGUGCACCUGCCAGGGAAAAGAAAUUGGAGAUAACUUCCUGGGCCGAUGCCACCUACGAGUAUGAUGAUUAUUACAGAUCGGAAGGCAGGGGGGAAGAAUUUGGCCGAGAACAGACCCUCUUAGAGUCUCCAAAGAAACUAGAGGUCAAAGAGGAAAAGCCCCCCAAAGGGAAUGAAGAGGAAGCAACAAAGGAAGAGAAGGAGGUUCACCGUGAAAUACUGAAGGAAGGAGCCCGUGCUACUCAUGCUCCAGCUCCCAUCACCAGGGAGAGACUAGAGGCCUCAGACAAGGAAAAGGAGAUCAGAAAAAACAUGACAACACUCAAAAAAUCUCAGGGGGAACCUGUAAGGAAGAUAGAAGUGAAAGAAGUGGUUCAUCCCAAGGAACAGAGAGACAAUGUUUGGGCGAGCCGUUCAAAAAACGCAGAACGCUCCCGCCCCGAUUCCAGCGGUUUGGCAACAACCACCACCAGCACAGCCGGCAACAACACAACCAAGGCCGUGGAGUCCAACAUAUGGGGCGUGGCCAAACAAACAACCACAAACAGCGAGAGCACCUCCCCAAUCACUACAACAGCCACAACAGUAACUGUGAGUCAGGUCAGCAACACUAUCACCAACACCACCAACACCGGCACCACAGCCACCGAGGGAACAGCACCAACAGUGGCAAGGGUGCCUACUCCUCAAGAGCCAAUUGGCACCACACAACCAACACCACAGCCGAUGCAACAGCAACCUCAGCCAUUAAUGCAGAUCCAGCACCAGCCACCAAUACAGCAGCAACAACAGCCACAGCAAAAUCAGAAACCUCAACCGCUGGCCGGGACCAUAGCAGAAACCACCACCACUACAACCACUACUCUGGCACAAGGGUCUUCUCAAACAGCAACCGGCGGAAGAGAGACCACUGAGGGGAAGAGUGGAGAAGUGGCUGAGAGGGAGAGUGCCGAGCGGGGCGGGGGCAGCAAACCAGUGUCGUCUGGAGGUCGUGGCAGCCGUGGAAAUCGCUACGAAUCCUCCCGAAGUGGAGGUCGCAGUGGUGGACCCAGAGGUAGCACCUAUCCUGUUUACCGUGGUGGCCGAGGGAGUCGCAGUGGGGACUUCAACCGCAGAGGAAGAGGACCACCACCAAGAUUCCAGAAGCGCAACUACAGAGGUGACGAGGAAUAUUACUAUGAAGACUACCAUCCACGUUCUCACCGUGAACGAAAGGAUGAUUGGAGCAACAGCUGCGAGGGAGACUGGAACAGCCAAGGAGGCGGAGGGAAUAGCAACAGCGCCAGCAGCAACCAGAACACCAACAGUGGCUCUGCUCAACCCAACAACCGGGAGGAGAGCGGCGAUGGUGUUGUGAUUGUAGAUGACCAGCCACAGGUUUCUGAACUCAUCGGUGAUAUUCUUGAUUCCAAUGAUGGCUUUCAGCAAGUCACAAGACGCAAGUCUGGCAAGGAAAAGGGCAAGCCAAUGCCUGAAGAAACGGUCUCUGCUGCUGCUGCUACUGCAGUAGUUACAGAGGCAGCAGGAACAACAGGGACAACUACUGUGUCUGGACCUGCCCCUUCCUCUAAUGCCAAGAAACAACCAAAAGAGAAGAAGAGUCGAUCCAGCAAGUCGAGUGGUUUUGAGCGAUCUCGUCAGAGUAAGCUUCCCCCAAGACUAGCCAAGCAGCGAGAAAAUAAUCGUAUAAAUGCUAUAAAGAAUGCUGGUUCAUGUAGCCCUGUUGAAUCUCCUACCAACACUCUCUUCCCAGUAAAAGACUCUGCUUCAUUGCCACCACCAAAGAAUGCCUGGGAUAAACCUUUAACAGCAACACUGAGAGCAAACUCGCCUUCCCAGGCUGCAGCAGGAACAGAUGGAGUCGGCCAGGGUGGAAGCAAGCCACCUUCAUUCGAUAACCAUGACAGUGGUGUUGAAAUCAGUGACCAGCCCAACUCUGGUGGCAGUAGCCAGCGGUCAAGUCCAAGUGAUGACCCAACUAACUUUGCCAAGGUUGAUAAAACUACAUUGGAUGGGACAUCAGUUCCCUCCCAGACCAUCAUUUUUGAGAACACCAACUUCAAGGCUGCAGGAACUGUAAAUGCAACUGUUGGUGCCGAGUACAAGGCCAAGUUUGGUGAAGCUCCAAAGCCUCAGAGACAACGUGAGAGUAGAGACAGGAAGAGUGCUUCUCCAGAGGCAUCCCUUGCCAUAAAAGAGGAGAAGGAUAAGAAGUCUGAAAAGCCUGAACCAAUUGAAUUGCCGCUAAGUUUCUCUACCAAAGUGGAAGAAAAUGGUGCUGAUAUGAAGCUAGACUUUACAUUUGAUUCUGAGCUUGCAGAAGUGCCAGGAUCUGUGAGCACUAAGGGCAUCAGCCUUCCAAGAUCACUGGUGAUGACAUCUGGAAGUAUGCAGAGCCCUAUUUCACCAUCAACAGAUGAUCUCAACUUGAAAAUUGCAUCUGUCAAAAAGGUCUGGGAAACCAUGGCACCUGUGCCAGAACAUGCUGAAGAUGUCACAAGUUCAGUGGCAUUUUCUACUGCUAGUUUCUCUGCUGUGGAUAGUGUUGCAGGACUUGAUCAUUCACCUGCAUUAGAGUCCUCAUUCACAACAAAGGAUUCAGCAACUGUUGGGAGUUGUGAGGAUCCUUCCCAAGAUGUUGGUGGAUACCAAGGAGGAUCACCACUACAACAGGGAGCGGCUAUGGGCAGUGGAAUGGUCUAUACCUCUUCUGUUGCAGCAUACACAUCAUCAGCAGCAUAUACAUCAUCAGCUGCAGCAUCCCUAGCCAAGGCAGAAGUCAGCCGCUCAGGCAAUGUGUGCAAGGUAAAGCCACAGCAACAAGCAGCAAGCAGUUCGGUGUCCCCAGGCCCAGGAGGAUCGUCCUUGGGGAUCCCUAGUGGAUCUUUGUCUCCUCCUCUGGCUUCAGGCUCAGCUGGGCCAUCCAACAGCAGCAUCUAUCAAGCCUUGGGUGGGGGAGCUGCUACUUUUGGUGGCAUUGGUGGCACCAUUCCCUCACCUCCUAUGAUGUAUAAUUCAAACCAACAGUUGCCACAGACUGGCCUCUACCAGCCAUUUUUGGAUGGCGCUCCUGUGCUGGGACAGAGAGGAGCAUCACAGUUCUCUCAAUAUCCACCUUAUGGUCUUGGCCAAGGUUUGGGAAGCAAUGCAUUUGGUCAGCAGUCCAUGUUCUUGCAAACACCACCACCACUCACAACACCAGCUGAUCUCUAUACCAACAACCUAUCACAAUACCGCUUACAGCCUGCUGGCUUUGGACAGAGUCAACCUCAGAACCAAAAUACUGUGUUGAUAUCUUCUGCUUCAAACUCCCUAAUGUCAUCGGCAGUGAAACCCUCUUCACAAACUUUUGGCAAUUCACAGCAGAAUUUUGGUACCAUUGGGUCUAAGGCUGGGACACCAUUCCAGCAGAGUGGCCUAGGAACUGCUUUGCAAGGUGGUCCUCAGCCCUCGCAAUUGUAUAUAUAUGAUCCCAGUCAGCCCAUGGGUCUCUUAGGAUCCCAGCUGGUCCAGCGACCUGGUGUGCAGAAUUCUGUUAUUCAAACAAUACAGCAGCCAAGUUCUUUCUACUCAAACAAUGGUGCUGGAGCCCCAGGAGGUCCACCCACAGCACCUCCAGCAGGUCCUGGAGGCCCACAGCAGCCAGCAGGAUUCUACACUGCCUCUGGAUCUCCCCUUCAAGCAGCAGUGCAACAGCAAGCACAGCCACCUCUACAAACUCCACCUGCAGCCUAUGGCUUACAAGGCUUUGGUAAUCAGUCUCAACCUGGACCGGCAGGUGUAGGAAUGCAGGGUUUUGGGUCUAGUAUGAGCCUUGCAGCACAGCAACUGGGAGCUCAGCCAUUUCGAGGUGCUCCCACACUUCCUGCAAGCUUCCUCAAGUCGUUGCAACCUGGAGCCAACAUUCAGGAUACUGCCCGCCAGCAGCUCAAGUCCCCAGGAGCUGGGCAGAAUUCCUUUUCAUCAACAUUUUUCCCAACUUCAAGUGGUAUAUCCUCAUCUGUGAACAACAGCUGCAGCACGAGUAGUGCACAUACAGUGUCUGGAGUACCACAAAUAUCUUCACCCAAAACUCAGAGCAGAAAGAUGGCAUCUCAGCCUGGGUUGUCACACCAAAGCUCAAAUAGGAAUGCUUCAUAUACAUCUCAGAAUACAACACAGAUGAUGGGUGGAAAUUUAAGGUCUUCAGGCAUGGUGAUGGGUCUGCGUGGCCAGUUGCCCAUGGGCACCCAAACCCUGAGCGGCCCAACUCCUGGAAUGGCCUCUAACUCGCGCUAUCCAAAUCCUGGCCCCAUUCAGCGGCCACCAGCAGCCCAGGGCUCCGGCAGCAGUGGCAGUCAUCGUGGUGGCCGUGGCCAGUCACAGGGCCAGCAACAGCAGUCCCAGCAGAGGAGCUCCAACCCCCCCAGCUCAGCCCAACAGGCCAAGUUGAGGGCAGAUGCUUUGAGCACCACCCAGGCGUUCUUCAACCGGGAAGCUGGAAAAUCAGAGAAGAAGGGAGAAGACAAGCAAGCAGAGUCGAUUUCAUCCACCAAGGAGGAGCUCUCAGUUGACAAGGUGUCAGCUACACCCUCCACAGCAGCUGACGGCCAGCCAAAAUGAAGCCUCAUGUGAUUGCGGAGGCUUCUGUGAAAAACGAAGCGAGGCAUUUAGCUGUCCUAAAGUGCAGGUGGUAUUCAAUGGACCGUGUAUCAUGAUGGUGACGAAGUUGGAAUUUAUUUUUUCUUCCUUAUUUUAAAAGAUCAUGUUUUAAUUAUCCAUAAAGUUAUUCUUUCUUUUUUUUUAUUACCAUUAUUUUUUCUUAAGACGAGAAAGUUCUUAUCUUUGGAAGAAGAUUUAUAUCAGUAAUGAAAAAAAAAAAAAAAUCGUAAAUAAAAUGAUAAACCCAGUGGUGAGGCAAGAUUUGCUGUGGUUGAACAAUUUGAAUUUGUGGUUUAUUUCUCUAUUGAAAGGCAAAGUGCGUAAUGUUGAGUGAACUUUAUUUUCCUCUAUUUGAAAAGCUUUCAACGCUGUGCUAGAAACAUAGACAUGAUUGAUGCUAUGGUUUCUUUUAGAAGUGUUAAAUGCAUAUGGACGGUGCAUAUGUUACUCUUGGUUGAUUUUUGUAUCUUGUCAGUUAAGUAAGGACUCAGUGGUACUGGGAAGGGCACCUGUGCUUGUUUAUUUAAUACAAGAAGAUACUACUCCACUAAAGGAAAGUAAGUGUGUAAUGCACAUGAGUCUCUCUUCUAGUUGUUAAAUGAUUUCUUUUGGUUUACUGGCUCAGGAUUGAUGGUUCCUGUAGCUACUACAGAGUAGGGUUAGAAAUGAGCUUUUUAAGAAAAGGAGGGUGUUACCCUUUGGAAGAUAUCCCUCUUGUGAAAAUGCUAUAGAAAGUAAUGCUGAUCACUAUAUAAGAACAUUUUUGAAGCCUAAGACAUUAUUACUGGCAUUUACAUAAGAAACAGGUUUACAUUGACAAUGUAAAGAGCGUGACCAAAGUGCAAGAGGCGUUUAAUGAUGGGUGAACCCUGCCAAUCUUACACCAUAGAGAAGAGAGUAAUGACCAGGCCAUGGGUAACCCGUGACGCUGUCUUGCCUGCUGGCCAUGGCGCCAACUUGCUGCUGAGGAACCUGGGGAAACUGGGGCCAUUGCUAAUGUUAUGGGACACAUGGCGACAGAAUACACACCCAUUACCUGUUCCCUUGUUAUUUUCAGGGAAAGGGUUAGGCACCCCUGGCCACCAUGCUCUACUGUCACUGCCCCUGAUGGUAUGCUGUCUGGCUAGCUGAGGUUCCAAUAUGUUAUUGUAACUUGUGGCAUUUUACCAUGUGUAUGACUUGAUAUCGUUCCCUCAUUGUUACGCUGUUGAAAAGCGCACUGUAUGGGCAACUCUGGGAAGGCUUCGUGUUGCUUCACGUGGCAGUGGCAGCUAGUGGGUGUGGCAAGAAUUACAAUAUUGGCUGCGGCCUACCCAACCAACCACACCUGCAUACCACCCACGUGGCACGCCUACGUCACAGUCUUUUAAUUUUAAUUGGCCCCACACUAUUGAAUGGAUGGGACUCUUUUAGACCCCUCAGCUUUUAUACUGAUCCAGAGCGAGUGAGGGGCCUCGCCCCCUCCUCAACACUCUUAGCAGCAAGUUCAACACACCUUGUGUAGUUGUCUUAUUGCAAUAAACUCAAUGUCUCCUG